AUGACAAGUACAGAAGUUGAAGAAACCAAUACAACAAUUGAAACAACUGAUGAAAAAGAUUCGAAUGAAAAGUUAUAUGAUACAAUUAUUAAACGACUUGAACCUAUAACAGCAGUUAAAUUUGCUGCUUAUCGUGUAGCAUGUAAACUUCGUAUAAUACAAAAAUAUUUAAAAUUAACAUAUGUUGAUUAUAAUAUUCUUGUACGAGCAUUUAAUACGCAUCAAUUACAAUUUGGUGUUGAUACAUCGAAAAUAUCUUAUGAAGAUGCACGAAAAGUUUUAAUAGCGAUUUAUCAACUGAUAUCAUCCUAUCAUUUUAAUGAAUCAACGAUGGAUGAAAUUAUUGAAACAUUAUUAAGAUUUCUUUGUGAAAUUCUUCAUAUUGAAAUAAAUGAAGAUUUUGAUCAUAAUGCAUUUAAAAUUCUUUUAUUUGCAUUAUCAAAUGCAAAAUUGCCUGAAAAAUAUCGUUGCUUUUUUCGACAAAUAACUUCACCAAAUGUUAUUGCAUCACAAGGGAAAUUAACUGAAUUAUUUGAAAUAUUAUUAAAAUUACCUAAUCAUUUUGAUAAUGUCGAUUCAUUUCAUCCAGAUAAUAUACCAGGUUGUGUUCAAAGUUGUCUUGAUCAUACACAUGAUGGAAUUAUUCGAGAAGAUAUAUUUGUUAACUGGAUGAGUCGAGAACCACAAACAUUAGUAUGGUUACCAACAUUACAUCGAUUAAUUGCAACGGAAACAGUUCGACAUGAAGCACGAUGUAAUACAUGUAAAGCAUAUCCUGUUAUUGGAAUGCGAUAUCGAUGUCUUCGAUGUUUUAAUUAUGAUCUUUGUCAAACUUGUUUUUUUACGGGUGAUCAUGCAAAAAAACAUGAUGGAAGUCAUCCGAUUGAAGAAUAUUGUAAACAAGUAACACCAUUUGAAGAUUUAAAAGCAUUUUUGGAAUUCGUUAAACUUAAAGUUGGAAAACAUGAACUUCAAAGAAAAGAACGUUAUCUUACAAUUGAACGAUCAAAAUCAUUUUGCGAUACACCAAUUACUUCAUCGGUAAAUAGUUCAAGUCAACUCGUAACAAAUGGACAUCAUUCAUUAAAUCGUCCAGAACCACCACCGAAAAAAGCUCAACUUCAAGAUAUAUAUCGACCAAUUCCAAAAAGUGACACAAAUGGUACAACAUUAUCAGUCAAUGCACAUGAAAAUAAUGAAAAAGCAACAAUGCCAUUAACUGGUUAUGAUAAUGUUCCAAUUGAAGAAGAUAAGAAAAAAAUAUCUGCACCAUUAAAAAAGAAAUUAACAAAAGAUGAACCAUUAUUAGAUAAUGAUCAAUUAUCAUCAUCACCAACAAAAAUAAAAAAACCGUUUAUACAACAUGAUAAUUAUGUUAAUGUUGAUUCAAAGAAAAAUUGUUCAUCAAAACGAACAGAAUUACCUGAUGAUGAUGCACCUAUGCUUAUGCCUAAACAACAUAUACCAAUAAAAAAAUCAUUCUUUAAUAAACAACAUAAUAAUAAUGAAUUAAUUCAUUUAGAACAUUAUCAAUUACCACCUAAAGAUGCUAAUGAUGAUGAUGAUUAUCAACCACCAUUACCACCAAAACAACGUCAUCAAAAUAAUACAUCACGUGCAAUGGUUUAUGAUUUUAUCGGAAGUGAAUUACAAGAACUACGUGUAGCACUUGCUCAAUUUGAUGGCAAUUCAUCAACUGCUUAA